CCACUUGCUCAAUCCGCUGCUCCAGUGAUUGAGCAUGAUAUUCCAUUGUCGGGGGAUGAAUUAGCUGCACACUGUUCUGAUAGUGAUGCGUCUUUUUCGGACCCUGAGGAUAAUAAUGCAACGGAAUUUGACGAUGGAGAUGACGAAGGUGACCAACCUUUCCUUACCGACGAUUUGUCCUUCAAGGAUGCUCUUCGCGUAUGGGUGUUGGAGGCCAACAUUUCGCAUCGCCGCACAAAUGUGUUGCUAGAUUUGCUUCGCAAACACAACCAUCCUGAGCUGCCGAGGGAUGCAAGAACUUUUUUAGAGACUCCCUCAGCGAAUACCACACGGAGUCUGGUCUCUACUAUCUCGGGUGGUCAAUUAUGGUAUCAGGGGAUUGCUAGCAGCCUUAAAUCGUACUUUAGACUUGUGACACCGGACGUCAAUGAAAUGGAGCUAAUUUUCUUUGUGGAUGGGCUACCACUUCACAGAAGUGGUUUAACUCAGUUUUGGCCCAUCCUGAUGAGAAUUCAUGACAUGCCAAAUGUACCGGUAAUGACGGUGGCAAUUUUUUGUGGGGAAAGUAAGCCGGGAAGCCUUCAAGGUUACUUGCAACCAUUUGUCACGGAACUAAACUACUUGCAAGCCAAUGGACUACUGAUAAACGGUCGCCCAUAUAAAAUAUGGUUCCGGGCCAUGAUAGCAGAUACACCAGCUCGAGCUUACAUCAAAGGUGUUAAAUCAUUUAACGCUCGUUACGGGUGCAUUAAAUGCAAGACCCGUGCCACAAAGGAUCCAACAACGAAACGCACCUACUACGGGCAGUUUGGUGCUGCGCGACGGACCCAUGAAGAGUUCUGUAAUGGUGCAUACGUCGACCAUUGCAAAACCACUACACCUUUGGUUAAGCUAGACAAUUGCGACAUUAUCAAAGAUAUAAUUACCUCAGAACCUCUGCAUGUACGAGAUCACGGAGUUACGCGCAGACUAAUGCUAAAUUGGACUGAAGGAAUAUUUGGAACGAGUCGUAGGUGGACGGAACCGAUACGCGAAGCAGUUUCCAACGAGAUUCGGGAACUGCUUCUGCCGUCAGAGUUUCAACGAAGUGUGCGGAGCCUUAAAUAUUUACGCUUUUGGAAAGGUUUGGAGUACAACUACUUCUUGCACAACAUUAGCUUGAUUGUCCUUAAGGGAAGAAUAAGCGAUGUUGAGUAUAACCAUUUCAUGCUGUACUUCUGUGGCAUGACUCUGUUCAGCUCAGCUGAAUACGAAGAUGAUUGGCCAAUGGCAGAUCAGAUGUUGCGAAAAUUUGUUUUCGAUUUUGCCACCGUUUAUGGCGUCACGUUUUUGUCUAGUAAUGUCCAUUACCUGUUGCAUGUUUACGAAGAUGUUGUUCGGUUUGGACCACUACACAACAUUUCUGCCUACAAAUUUGAAAGCCAUCUUCAAGAGCCCAAAAAUUUACUACGAAACGGUAGAAAUUGUUUAGCACAAGCUGUGAACAGGUUAACCGAGCUGCAACACAUUAACUACGCACGGCCCUCUAACGAGCCUUCGUUUCCGUACAUAGUCAACAAAGGAAAUGAUGUUACUGCUUAUGUGAUGGCUAAUUGCACAUUAAAAAAUGAUAAAAAAAAUUGCUGGUUUAUGUUGAAAAAUAAGAAUAUAGGAAUGUACAGCACAGCAUCACGCGAACAGGGUUCGAUUGUUGUACAUUGCCAUCUAUUUAGUGAAACCAGUGAACAGUUUGACUAUCCAUGCUCUUCAUACAUAAUGAAUAUACGGAGAGCAAACAUGUUACAUUUAGACCUUUCAUCGUUGGUACGUAUACCAAUUGAAGAGGUAAAGUUCAAACUUGUUGCGGUAAAAACCAAAACAGUUGAAAUUUACAUGUUCGUUCCGGUGCCUCAUAGUAUGGCGUAAAAUAUAUUUUUUUUCUCAACACUAAAAAGAGAAGCAUAAGGUAUUCCAUGUUCAAAAUUCAUAAUAUAUUUCGUUGCAUAUUACCGUCUAAA